UUGAUCCAAUCUUUGGCCAAUGCAUCGCCUUUCUUCUUUAACAUCACGAAUUUCAUCACUCUGCAAAUCCCCACAUUCCGUUAUAUCCACAGCUCCUAACCCCACAAACUCAAUGGAAGUAGAAGUGAAACUCCGUUUACCAAACGCCGUUACUCACCAACGUGUCUCCUCAAUUCUGUCACCAUACCAUCUCAAAACUCACGCUCAAGAGAACAUCUUCUUUGACGGACCCAACUCCGAACUCUCCUCCAAACUCGCCGUUCUCCGUCUCCGCUUCUACGAUGUCGAUGCCCAAUGCAUUAUCUCCCUCAAGGCUAAACCCCUCAUUUCAAACGGUAUCAGUCGUAUUGAAGAAGAUGAAGAACCCAUUGACCCUUCCAUUGGCCGGGCGUGUGUUUCAGAACCGUGGCGGCUGGUGUUGCUCGAUUCUUCGAGGAUAAUACGAAGGGUGAGAGAAGAGUAUGGAAUUGGAGAAAAGGGUUUGGUUUGUUUGGGCGGGUUUAGGAAUGUGAGAGCAGUGUAUGAGUGGAAUGGAUUGAAAUUGGAGCUAGAUGAAACACAUUAUGAUUUUGGAAUGAAUUAUGAGAUUGAAUGUGAGAGUUCUGAUCCUGAAAGAGCUAAGGAUUUGCUGGAGGAGUUUUUGAAGAGUCAUGGUAUUAACUAUUCCUACUCUAGUGUUUCUAAAUUUGCCAUUUUUCGUUCUGGAAAAUUGCCUCAGUAAGUUAUACUAGUAACAAUGUUUGUGUAGAACUUCAGAAGUAUUCUUUGUGGCAGAAUAUUCUCUAAAACUUUAUAUUGACAUAGGCUAAUGGGUUCAAUUCUGAAAUGAAUUAUGGAUGCAGUCCUUGUUAUGCUGACCAUGAUUAGCAUCACUUUUAUUAGGAA